AUGAUUAAAUGGAAAUCAUUUGAUUCACAUGGUUUGGUUGGUUUGCAAAAAGUAUGUAAUUUCAAUAAAUUGUGUUUUUGCUCCAACUAUACGAAACAAUUGUCUGAAUUGACAUGUCUUGGAGUUAAUAUAAAACUUAAUGAAUUGCCAAACAAACACUUUUAUAGGAUUAGAAUAAUAGGUUCGCGUGAUUUGUCAUCAAUUGAUAGACAAGACUUUGCAAAUGUCAAGUCAUUGUCGAGUCUGACUAUUUCACGGACAAGACUUGCAUCGAUUGAUUCAUUAGCAUUGGUUCAGUCAGGUGUGGAACAGACACUGACAACAUUGGAGUUGUCAUACAGUGAGUUGCGAUCGUUUCCAAGUCAGGCAUUUGUUCAUUUGCAUCGACUUCAAUGGCUUAGUCUUAAAGCCAAUAAAAUAGAAGAACUUAAAGCUAAAGACUUUAAAGAUUUAAAAGCAUUGAGAAGUUUACUCUUAAGUGACAAUUCUUUAUCACAAGUUCUCGAUAACACAUUUACGGAACUCUUGAAUCUUGAAUUUCUCGAUUUAGAUGACAAUAUGAUUGCCAGAAUUGAGGGAAAGCCAUUCCCGUCCACUUUGAUUACUCUCUCUAUAUCUAACUGUUUGCUACAAGAAGUGCCGUUAGAGUCCAUAUCAAACCUACAAAAUCUACAAAUACUGCAAUUGAGAGGCAAUUUGAUCCGUCAUUUACCACAUAUGAAAUUGUUGUCAACACAUAACUUACAAAUGUUAGACCUCAGCCAUAAUCUAAUUUCUACCAUUAAUUCAGAUGUCUUCACUUUUACACAACAACCAGAAAAAACAAGUAAUCUUUUUAGAUAUAGAAAUGUACAAAAAGACCGUCAAAAAGGAGGAGAAGGAGGUUCUGGCACUGCCUAUGGUGUCAGUAAUGUUAAUAAUAAUGAUAACAGUUCUUAUAAUUUAAAGUAUAUUCCUAUCAGUUCACUCAAUAUAAAGGAUUUGCAUUUAGACUUCAAUUUUAUUCAAUCGCUAUCAAGCGGUCUGUUUGCACACAUUUCCUGUGAACGACUAUCUCUAUCAAACAAUCGCAUCACAUCUGCAUUCAUCUCAAGCCAAGCAUUUGAUGGUCCGCUUAUACAAGAGCUCAGAGCUAUUGAUCUCAAUUAUAAUCUCAUCGAUUCAUUCCCAAUGGCAUUGAAAAGUCUUCAAAAUAUACGUCAAAUUUUAUUAAAGAAUAAUCGUAUCAAACAUUUAGACGAAGACUCGUUUUCAAACUGUGGUCACAGUCUUGAAGUAUUAGAUCUCUCGCGAAACUUAUUAACAGAUAUUCCCAGUCUUUCACUUUCAGUAACCAAAUCGUUAGUAAAACUUAAUCUUUACGGUAAUUUAAUUACAAAUCUUGAUGACAGCAAUUUGGGUGAUUGGUCUCAGACAUUGGUGUCAUUAAGUUUGUCGAAAAACUCACUCAAAUACAUCUCAAGAGACGCCUUCAAACAAACCAAGAAUUUGCGGGAAUUACGUCUCGGAGGGAACAGUAUAUUAUACUUUAGUACUUAUAUAUUAAAGCCGAUUCACGCACUGGAAGUAUUAGAGUUAAGUGAUUCACUAAAUGAUGUAAUGUCUGAACGUGUUAUUCAAAAUGUUGACAUCGGAUCACUUGAUUCACUGAAAUGGCUUCAACUAAACAACAACGGACUCAAACAAAUGCCGUCGACAUUGAAAUCAAUGAUUGGAUGCGAUUUAGAGAAUAAUAAAAUUACUGACAUAUCAUCGGAGUUCAGGGGAAACCCUAAUCUAAGCACAAUUAUCUUAAGCCGCAAUCAGCUUUCGUUAAUCAAAUCACAGAGUUUUGCACAUUUACCACAACUAGAAAAUAUAGGACUAAAUCAAAACCAAAUUAAUAGUAUUGAAAACAAUGCAUUCAAUGAUUUGCCAAAACUAAAGACAUUAAUUUUGUCAAAAAACUUAAUCAAAAGCAUUGCAAUAAAUGCUUUCAAUAGUUUGGGUCAAAGUUCUGCAUCCCUUUCCAUAUUACUCGACGACAAUCAACUGAAAUGUUUCUCAGCGGACAUAUUUGGAUCAAUGGAUAACAACUCUCUAAACGGCUUCUUAUAUAUUAAUGUAUCGCACAAUGAGAUCAAACAUUUGACUGACUGUACUAUUGAUAGAUCUCAACAAACAUAUAGUAUUGACGAUAAUAAUUCAGUGGUCGUUGACUUUGAUGACCAUUCAAGACAAAUAUUGAAUGUACGUGUCUUAGACUUAUCACAUAACCAAAUACAAGACAUAUCCCAACAGUUUAUUCAAAUUAUGUGCAAAAGUUUACAUUCAUUACAUCUCAACUACAAUCAAAUGAUGACAUUUCCCAUACAAUUACUGCAAUUCUGUCCUCAGCUCCAGAUAUUAAUACUCAGCCAUAACUUAAUUACAGACACUUUGAGUCAUUCAAACAUAACAUUUGAUUCAGAUCUCCAAGUAUUGAAUCUAAGACACAAUCAAAUCAAGUCUUUAAUACAGUUUAUACCGAUAUUCAAACAAUUAAAAAAUUUAAGAGUUUUAGAUUUAAGCCAUAAUUUAAUAGACAUUUUAAUAGACAAUGCAUUUGUUGGUACUGUUAUAACACGAUUACAUUUAGCGCACAAUAAUUUAAUUAAUGACAUUAAAUAUAAUGAAACGCAAAACCAUUUAAUAAGUAACUGUUUUGGUGUCAAUUUGAGUCUUCAAUAUUUAGAUUUAUCGCAUAAUUACUUGAAUACUAUACCAACUGAUGUGAUUUCAUGCGUGAAUCUCAUUGAAGUUAGUUUGAGUCAUAAUCUCAUUGAUAACCUACCGGAGCAUACACUCUAUAAGUUGACGGCUUUACGUCAAAUCGAUAUAAGUCAUAAUCCUAUGAAAAUCAUUGCCAAUAAAUCAUUUAUAUUUAAUACUCAAAGUCUAAAUUGUUUAAAACUAAACAAUGUUAGUCUAAUAGACCUACCAGUUCUCAAUUUGCCACAAUUGACACAUCUUGAGUUAUCUGAAAACAUGAUAUCAUCAAUAGAUCCACAAUCGAUGACUAUUUCAAGAAAUAUUCGUUAUUUAGAUUUAUCAAAAAAUUUAUUACAAGACGUUCCCCGAUAUUUGUGGAAAUAUAUGACAAAAAUGCAAAUACUUUUACUUCAAUUGAAUCCAAUCGACAUUUUAGACAUUUCUAGUUUUGCUGAACUCAAGAAUUUGCAUCAUUUAGACAUUAGAGGACUUAAUCUCCAAUAUAUAGACACAAGACUUCUUCAUAAUCAUCGGUAUUUACUAUCUCUAAAGUCAAGCACAUAUCCAAAUGUUAGAUCAUUUCGUUUACACGACUUAUUAGCAAAAACCAGUUCAUUAAGAAGUGCUGUCAUUGAAGUACAAGAGUCGACAUUAUCUCAUCAAAUCCAAUGGGCUUUUGGAGCCAAACUCAAGGAGCUUACGAUCACCGGAACCAAUCUAAUUAAGAUAUUACCGGAUGCUUUCCUCGGUCUCUACAAUACACACGAUCUAACAUUGAGAGUCACCAAUACUAACAUAAGUUCACUGCCAUCCGGUUUAUUAAAAUAUUUGGCUGAUAUUCGUUAUAUUACUAUAGAUUUGAGAAAAAAUAAACUUAAAACUUUAAAACCGGAUGUAUUUCUAUUAAAUUUAGACAACAAAUUGACUACAAAUUGGGAAUCACAGCAAAUAUUAGGGGGAAUACUAUUAGAUGAAAACCCAUUGAGAUGUGACUGUGAUUUAGUUUGGAUAAGUGAUUGGAUGAAGAGAUUAAUUAGUGAUAUGCGAGUCAUUAACAUAGAGGCUGCUAUUCAGGCAAACACUAUGGCAUCAAUGAGUCAAUGCAUGGCUUACUUUACGGAUGACAAUCAAUAUAGUAAUCAAAGUAAGCUUCAAAUAAAACAUUUGAAAAAAAUAUCACUUCUGGAUCUUAGAUCAGAUGAUAUUUAUUGUCAAAAUAUAUCAUCUAAUGUUGUGCUUUCAUUUUAA